UUCAUUUUCAUACUCUUCUUGAAACUUACGGAACAUCAUGUCUUACUUUGGCUGUGGAUCUAGGCAAACUUCUUCCUCUCGCAAUAGUGGGACACCUCUUAAACUUUCUAGCUGUGGUAUAUAUGGGUCAGGUAGAGGAUCCAGCACAGGAAGCUUUAGUAGUGGGGUAGUUUGGGGCUCCAGAUCAGGAUGGAGUAAAACUGGUGGUGGUGGUUCCACUGGUAGUUGCUUCCAUAUCUACAACUCUAGUCCUUCUGGUGGUGAUGUUGGUCUUCUAGCUGGAGGAGACAAAGAAACCAUGCAGAAUUUAAAUGACCGCUUGGCUUCCUACCUGGCUAAAGUGCAUGCUUUGGAAGAGGCAAAUGGUGAUCUUGAGCAAAAAAUCAGAAAUUGGUAUCAGAAAUCUACAACACACAAAAAUGAAGGACUCCACAAUGAUAGCAAAUAUAAUUCUUCUAUUGAUGACCUUCGAAAUAAGAUCAUCGCAGCAAGUAUUCGGAAUGCCAGCAUGAUUCUGCAGAUAGAUAAUGCCAGACUAGCAGCUGAUGAUUUCAGAAUGAAAUAUGAAAAUGAGCUGUUCCUCCACCAGAAUGUGGAAGCAGACAUCAAUGGUCUUAAAAGAGUCCUGGAUGAAUUGAGUAUGUCUAAGAGUGACUUGGAAAUACAGAUUGAAAGCCUAAUUGAAGAGCUGGCUUUCCUCAAAAGGAACCAUGAAGAGGAAAUGAAGAAUUGGCAAGGCACAGUUGCUGGAGAUAUAAAUGUUGAAAUAAAUGCAGCACCAGGAGUGGACCUGACUGCAAUUCUGAACAAGAUGAGAACAGAGUAUGAAGCUUUAGCAGAACAGAAUCGCAAAGAUGCUGAAACUUGGUUCAUUGAAAAGAGUAAAGAAUUAAAUAUGACAAUCAACGUGAGUGCCAAAGAAACCACUACUAACAAAAAAGAAAUUGCAGACCUGAGACAUACUCUUCAGAGUUUGGAGAUUGACCUGAAAACCCAGCUUUCUUUGAGGCAAUCCCUUGAAAGCACCCUUACAGAGACAGAAGGCCAAUAUUGUGCCCAACUCUUGCAAAUACAAGGGACGAUUAGCAAUGUGGAGAACCAAGUACAACAAAUCAGAGAAGACAUGGAGUGUCAGAAUGCAGAUUACAGGUGUCUCCUGGACAUCAAGAUCGGUCUUGAGAAUGAGAUUGAAACUUAUCGACACCUAAUUGAUGGAGAAGCAUCAGGAAAAGGAAUGAAGGAACUAUCAGACAAAAGAGGUAAAUCUAUACAAAGAAGUAGCAAAGAUCUGGGAUCACAAAAUCUGGGAUCUGAAAAAGGUUCAGGAUUAAGAGCUUCAGGCUCUGAUAACAGAAGCGCAAAGACUGGCACAGAGACCAGUACUAGAAAAAGUGAAGCCAGAAAUGUUGAAUCCACUACCAAAGAUAAAGAGAUAAAGAAAACCAGAGUCAUUAAAACAAUAAUUGAAGAAUUAGAUGAAUAUGGAAGAGUGACUUCCUCCAAAGUCCAGUCUGUUGAAGAAACUAAGGGAUAAAAAAAUAUAUAGCAACUUUUUUUUCAAAGGCAUUCUUGGCUUUAGGUGAUGCUGCAAGCAGAAGAAACAUACAUUUAUAUUAGCAGAAUUAUAUCACAAUAGAACUGUUUCCU